AUGUGCCAUGUGUCCCAGAGCCUGCCGACAGCAGCCCACGGCAAGGUCAUCCUCGGGGGUGCGAGAGGGGUUGUGAGGGCCAAGGGGGGUUCACCACCAGUCGUUUCAAGCGGCUCGCUCGCUUCUGCUUCGGUGUCUGCCUCUCCUUCGCCCCCCCCCUCUCACACCAAUGCUCUCCCACGUUGCCAUGUUCACCCGCAACAGCCCCCCCUCCCCCCUUCCGCGGUUCCUCCCCUCCCCCGCUCGCCUGGCCCCUCCUGGAGCCCAUGGAGAAAAAUCUCGUCCCUUCCCUCUCCCCCGCCCGUCCCCACCCCUCCGCCCGCCCCUUCUGCCCUCCUCCCCUAUCCUGCUCCGCCUCAUGCUCCCCCGUCUCCCACCCAGUUUCCACCAAACCCAACGCGCCAGCAUCCCCCCUGCCCCUUCUCCACUCCGCACCUCCCCUCCCCACUGCGCCCCCCCUUCCCCCUACCUGCGGCGCCUUUCCCCCUCCCCGUUGGGUGGCAGCACUGGGUGCAAUGCACAUUUGGCCUUUCCACUGCGUACCGCCUACCCCACCCCACCAUGCGCCAUCCACCAGCAUCUCUCCCCCCCACACCAGCAUCUCUCCCCCCCACACCAGCAUCUCUCCCCCCCACACCAGCAUCUCUCCCCCCCACACCAGCAUCUCUCCCCCCCACACCAGCAUCUCUCCCCCCCACACCAGCAUCUCUCCCCCCCACACCAGCAUCUCUCCCCCCCCACACCAGCAUCUCUCCCCCCCACACCAGCAUCUCUCCCCCCCACAACAGCAUCUCUCCCCCCCACACCAGCAUCUCUCCCCCCCACACCAGCAUCUCUCCCCCCCACACCAGCAUCUCUCCCCCCCACACCAGCAUCUCUCCCCCCCACACCAGCAUCUCUCCCCCCCACACCAGCAUCUCUCCCCCCCACACCAGCAUCUCUCCCCCCCACACCAGCAUCUCUCCCCCCCACACCAGCAUCUCUCCCCUCCACACCAGCAUCUCUCCCCCCCACACCAGCAUCUCUCCCCCCCACACCAGCAUCUCUCCCCCCCACACCAGCAUCUCUCCCCCCCCACCAGCAAACACCUCCUCCACAGUAGCUGCCACCACCAAACACUUGCCUCUCCAGCGCCACCCAUCAUUACCCCACCCUCACGUCCUUCCCCUCACCUCCCUCCCCUCGCCUACCCCUCCCCUGGCCUACCCCUCCCCUCGCCUAUCCCUCCCUAACCUCCCUCCCCUCCCCUCACCUACCCCUCCCUUCAUCUCCCUCCCCUCACCUCCCUCCCUCCCCUCCCCUCACCAACCCCUCCCUUACCUCCCUCCCCUCACCUCUCUCCCCUCACCUUCCUCCCCUCAACUCCCUCCCCUCACCUCCCUCUCCUCCCCUCACCUACCCCUCCCCUUACCUCGCUCCCCUCACCUCCCUCCCCUCACCUGCCCCACUCACCUCCUCCACGUUAGGCGCCAGCACCACACACUUGGCCCUCCCACUGCGCACCGCCUGCCCCACCUCCUUCAGCCCUGCCAGCACCCGCCGCCUCAUCGCUCCCUGUCCUGUCCCCGUCUCCCCAUCCACCCCUCCCCCAUCUCCCCCUCCCCCCACACUCGCGCUACUGCGCACGCUGCCACCUGCGCACGCGCUCGCACUGCCGCCCACGCUCGCGCGCCUGUCUCGCCAGCACCACCAUGCGUUUCAAGCGGCUCGCUCGCUUCUUAUUCGGUGUCCGCCUCUCCUUCCCCCGCCUCACACUAA